UUAAAAUCAUACCUCAUGAAACACCUCAUAUAACCUUCAGUUCAUCAUGUGUAGGUUUUUCCUGUUUCAUUCUCUUUCACGUUUCCAUUUCUUUUUCCUUGUUUUGUUAGGCUUAUUUGGGCCUGAAACUAGUCAGAGUGAUUAGAUAUAUAGGAACUAUAACCCUCGGCACUUUUCAAAUUUCAAGUCUAUAAAGCCAUGUUAUUGCAUUUGAUGAUAAAUCUUGGAUGAACUUUGUUGUAACACUGGCCAAUCUGCUUGCUUAUCGUCUUUGUUAUAUUGCUAAAAUGGUUUUCGUUUCAUAUUUACAAGGAGCCUGUAUGGAGCUUGCAAUAGGGUCAAUCUUUGAAAUGAUGAGGUACUGUGGGGCUCCAAUUUGCAAGUACUUGGACAACCACCGCAAACUUGAAGAAAAAGUGGAACGUCUUAGAAGAAAAUUGAAUGAUCUAAACAUUCGAAAGCAAGACAUAGAAUCAAGAAAGGAAGCAGAGCUUCGCAGCAAAAAAUUGGUAAAGAAAGAAGUCGAGAAGUGGCUUGUAGAUGUGGAAACGAUGAAUGCUGGAAUGCAAGCGAUGGAAGACAUGCUGCGCAUUGUCCCCUACUUCUCACGUGCCCGCCUCGGAAAGCUCGUUUGUCGAAAGAUUGAAGAAGUGAACGAAAUUUACGAACGAGGUGGAUUUCCUGAGGGUGUCGCCAUUGAUGGACCUCCGACCAUCGGAAAGACAUUACAGACAACAAACCUCGAAGGUGAAAUCGAUAUAAAAGAACUAAUAUGGGAAUACCUGAUGGGCAAUGUGGUUGGGAUGAUCGGUGUCUGUGGAAUGGGCGGCAUAGGAAAAACUACCAUUAUGAAACAUAUCAACAAUCAGUUGUUGAGGGAGAGUCGAUAUGAUAAAGUUAUUUGGGUCACUGUAUCGAAAGAGUUCAAUGUUGUCAAAUUGCAGGAAGAUAUUGGAUCUGCCUUGAAUCAUUAUCUUCCUAAUGAUGAAUUGGAACGAGCAACUAUGUUGAUGGAUAUCUUGAAAAGAAAGAGAUUUGUUUUAAUCUUGGACGAUGUAUGGAACAGGUUUUCCCUGCGUGAUGCGGGAAUCCCUGAACCAACUUUACAAAAUGGAAGCAAGUUAGUAAUCACCAGCAGAUCAAUUGAUGUUUGUCUAUCUAUGGGUUGUGAGAUACUCAAGGUGCCGCCUCUUUCAAAACAGGAGUCCUUCAACCUUUUCCUAAAUCAUGUAGGGGAUGAUGUUCUACAAGUUCCAGCUUUGAAAGAGAUUGUGAAGCUUAUUGUUGACGAAUGUGGUGGUUUGCCACUCGCCAUUGUGACAAUAGCCGGUAGCAUGAAAGGGGUUGAUGAUGUUCGUGAGUGGAGAAAUGCACUGAAUGAAUUACGUGAGCGUGUAAAAAGCGUGAGAGGUUUGGACAAUGAAAUAUUUGAAUGUUUGAUGUUUAGUUAUGACCGUUUGGGAGAUCUAAAAAUUCAAGAGUGUUUCCUAUAUUGUUCCUUGUAUCCCGAAGAUUAUAUAAUUGAAAGGAACGAGUUAGUAGAAAAAUGGAUAGAUGAAAAACUCAUUGAUGAAUAUGGGAGUAGACAAGCAAUGCGCGACAGAGGACAUAGUAUUUUAAACAAGCUUGAAAAUAAUUGCUUGGUAGAGAAGGUUAAGGAUUUUUUCGAGAAAGGGGUCAAGAUGCAUGACGUUUUGAGAGACAUGGCAUUGUCUAUUAGAAGCGUUGGACCUCGAUUCAUGGUGAAAGCUGGCAUGCUAUUAAAGGAACUACCAAGCGAGCAUGAAUGGACUCAGGAUCUUGACAAGGUUUCCCUGAUGGAAAAUUCAAUAAUGGUAAUUCCUCCCAAUAUAUCACCAAAAUGUGGAUUUCUCUCCACCUUGUUGCUGCAACAAAAUCAUGGAUUUGAAAGGAUUCCAGAAGUUUUCUUUGAGUUCAUGCAUGGAUUAAAGGUUCUAGAUCUUUCUUAUACUAGUAUUCUUGAUCUGCCAAAUUCCAUUUCUAACUUGGAAAAUCUUACGACACUGGUGCUUAGAAGAUGUUACAGGUUAAGAUAUGUGCCUUCGGUAGCAAAACUUAGAGCACUGAGAAAGUUGGACCUUUUUAAUACAGCUAUUGAGGAGGUUCCUCAUGGUAUGGAAACGUUAGUCAACCUCACUUAUCUUGGCUUACAUUCAGGGAGUCUAAAGGAGCUACCCAGGGGAAUACUACCCAUGCUUUCUCAUCUUCAGUACUUGGCAACCACACUCAACAUAAAUGGAGAGGAAAUGACCAAAUUGGGAAAGCUGGAGACUUUGACAGGCUCAUUUCCUGAGGUGCAAGAUUUCCAAAAGUAUGCCAAGUUUAUACGGGGUCGAUGGCCUACCAGUUACCAGCUUGUAGUGGGAUCACCUUGGUCUGCUGAGCACGAUGAUUUGACCGAGCUGUUUGAGAACCCUGAGGAAUUUCAUAAUGGGAUAACUCUUAUCAAUUGCGAGAUAGGUAGAGAAGAUCUUGUGCUUCUCCCAAAUGAUCUUCACGGUUUGGCUAUUAAGAAGUGCCCCAAUCUCUUAAGCUUAAACACCAUUUCUUUGUUCCAUGAAGCUAAUGACUUGAAGAUAUGUUAUAUUAGCGAGUGUGAAGGGAUAGAGUGCGCACUUGACUUGUCAUUAUUGUCUUGCAACUCAAUUCAGAACAUUGAGGUGUUAAACCUUAAGGGAUUGCGCAACUUGCGCCAACUUGUGAGUGGACUAGCCAUUGAAUCUACAUCUCCGGCCACUCCAGCUGCCCCAGCACCGCCUGCCAUCUUCUCUUCCCUUGUAACAUUUGAAUUGAGCAACUGUUCAAGCAUGAAGAAGUUAUUUUCACGUGAGAUAUUGCAGGGCUUCCAGAACCUAGAAUUUCUUAAAGUUGAAUCUUGCAGUAAAAUGGAGAAAAUAAUAGCAGUGGAGGAAGAUGAAGGAAAUGGCAAAGGAGAAGUAGGGAGUGCCAACAUAACAGCAUUUAUUCUUCCCAAAUUGAGGAGGCUAGUCUUGUGGGAACUACCGGAAUUGAAAAGCAUCUCCAGUGCUGGUGUUGUGAUUCAUGCAGAUUCUUUCCAAUACAUUUGGAUAGUGGAAUGCCCGAAGCUAAAGAGGAUUUCACUGUCUCUUGCCUUGCUUGAAAAUGGGCAGCCAUCGCCCCCUCCCUUCCUCGAAGGAAUCUACAUAAAGCCAAGAGAGUGGUGGAAAUCAGUGGAAUGGGAUGACCCUAAUAUUAUGGAUGUCCUCUCACCCUUUGUUGCUUGUAAAGAAGACUAAAGAGCCACUUGAAUAAAAGUGUUACUCCCACCAAAUUGUCUUUAUUCGAUUCUUUCAUAUGCGCAUAUACAUAAACAUAUAGUUUUGUAACAUUCCUUAGCUGGAAAAAUUAAGUCCAACCAAAGCAUUUUAUAUCAACCUUAUAUCAGCUAAAAAACUUGGCAAAAUCCCUAACUUACCUACAAAGCAUGUGUAUAAGGUGUCUAAACACGUUCAUGCAUGUGCUUAGUUUUGAUGUUGGCAUGAACCAACCUCAAUGUUAUGGUAGGUCCAUGGACCCCAAUGUUUCAGGUUCUAA